UCCGGUUUGUGACCCACACGUGGUUGUUGUCGUGCUUCACAUGAGUACACUGCAUGCUGAGCGCAGCCGGGAGAGCAGGCUCUGAAUAAACCUCCUCACAGUUCACCUGCUGUAAUAUUCUGAAAAGGGCUGCUGCUGGGUGACCAUGUCGCGUCCUGUAUCUUCGUCCGACAGCGAGGACGACAGACACGGAGGCAGUAAAACACAUGAACAGAGCAACAGAGCUUCGAAGUACCAGUGUCCUGCCGACUUUGUCCCUUAUAAGUACAGAUCCUCUGCAAGUGCCCUCCUGGACAGCAGUGACCACACGGAGCUGUGGCUUAUUAAAGCUCCAGCUCGGUUCGACCCAAACCACUUUGCAGGUUUAAAAAUGUCCUUAUCAGGCCUUGAGAUGACCCAGUCUACAGGUGAUACGACACCUCAGAUCUACAGUGUUCUGGCCAGCAGCAGCACUAGCCCGACUGAUCUCCACCUUCUCACCUCCAGCUCUACAAACCAGGAUGUGUCUCUCUCUGCUACAGCUUUUACGGGUGUCCUCAGUAUCUCUGAGUGUUAUGGGGACUGCAGUGAGAACCAGGGCCCCAUAGCCAUUCCUGCAGCUCCAGCUCCAUCUAUCCCCCCAGGCCUCAGGCAACGCUUCCAGCCUUUUGGCAGCUCCACACACACUCAUACAGCAGAGAACACUGCCUCAACUUCACUCUCACCCUUAAAGCGAGCAAAUCUAGAUUCAGUGGAGGACGAAGAACAGAGAAAGAAGAAGAAAAAGAAGAAAAAAGAGAAACACAGCAAAGAACAGAACACUGAAGAGAUACAGAUCAAGCAAGAGGAAAUAUCAUAUGACUUUGGUGAGCUACAAACUCCAGAGCCAACGGAAGAAAAUGGGUCAGUGGAGAGAAGGAAGAAAAAGAAAGUAAAGAAAGAGAAAGAGAGAGGGGACAGGCAGAGCGAGGUGGCAUUUGAUGGCAGUAUAAUUGCCAAAGAGGAACCCUUGGACACUUCAUAUGGGGAUGUUGAUAUUCAAGUGAAGAAGAAAAAGAAGAAGAAGAAAACUCAGGAUGAGUAAAGUAAUUGAUGUGGGUCAUUACAUACUGUGAUGGUACACUAUAUGUUCAGAUGUUUUUAUACACUUCCUCUAAUUAUUCAGUUCACCUAUUGAUGGUGCACUCAUUGCUGGUACAGUUGCUGACGACAACUGCCAAUGAAAUUGGACACUCUGGAGAAGCCGCACAUGAGCCUUAGAUCACCAUGCCUAACGUUAAGCUUCAGCUACAGUGUUGGAGUGAUGGAGCUCUAACUGAUACCUUUUGGGUUGAGUUGGGGUGAUAUCUGUGAACCAGAACUAAUCAUGCAAUUGACCUAAGCAAUGUUUCUGUGGCUGCAGUCACAUUCUCACAGCAAUGUUCCAAGAUCUAGUAAAGGCCUUACCAGAAGAAUUAUAAGCUGUUGCUGCAACAAAAGGAGGAUAAAUUCCUUAUUAAUACUCUUGAUCCUGGAAGAAGACGUUUUGUUCAUAUAGUGUUACUGACGUUGUUUUUAAUUUUUGUAUGUCAGCAAAGUUGAUUUUGCAGCGGUCAUGUUAUGCAGACCUGUACAAAGAGAGACAUUGUUGCUGAAUGUAUUGGAUCAUUUUCUUUAACAAGGCAUGAGGGAACGCUCAGUUUUUUAAUGUACUUUUCCAGCAGCUUAAAUCAUAAAACAUAUCCGUUGCUCAAACCAA